AUGCCUUCCCUCUACUACACCUCGGCGACGGUGCUUCUCGCGCUGUCCUCCUCGCUCCAGGUGUUUGCCUCUCCGGUGGCAAAGGAACAGCUUCUCAAGCGCCAGUAUGGUAGUGUCCCCAUGUCGGCAGCCACCAGCACUGUCACGGUGAGCGCAGCUGCCCACCCCCUGGUCCUGUACAGCCUGCAGCCCUGGGCCGCCGGAGAGACGGCUCUGUCCUACGAUGCAACUCCCACCGCCAGUACCGUCACAGGCAACCCGGGCUGCUACGGGCUUGCCACCGGCAGUUCGUGCACGCUUGCCGUGAGGCGCGCCUUCCGGACCCAGUCCCCGGUCCCCGUGCUUGACGCCCGCCAAGCCGGCACCACGGCGUCGCCCACCACCGCCACAGACGGGGCCUCGACCAAGACCUGCACGCGCAUCACGGGUGCCUCGCCCACCACCACCAUCCCGUCCUUCUGCCAACCCUCGGCACACGUCAACGCCCCGGCCUUCGCCAACGGCACCGCCGCCGGAUCCCUGCCCCCCCUGGCGACGCAGACCGUGGCCGCCGUGGCCAACAAGCUGGACUGCUGCGCCGAGUGCGCCGGCGUCCUCAACUGCGUGGCCUGGUCCUUCGUGCCCGCCUACAUCCAGGAACCGACCCCCCAGCUGCCGGGCGGCUUCGACCCCUGGGGCCGCGGCAAGUGCGAGGUCGUCUACCACGUCGGGGUCCCGGGCGCCGGCGGCGACGCGACCGCGGACCCGGCACAGGACCCCGCCGCGGCGGCCGUCUGCCCUAACGGCCGCGUGGCCAACCUGCUGGACGUCGAGAAGAGCGCGGGCCCAGGCGUGUACUACGGCGGAUGGAACCAGGGGCCGUGCGGCAGCGCGGCGCUGGAGUGGACGGAUGGUACGGAUCCCGGGAAGGGCGAUGAAGCCUCGUUGUGUGGCUCGUGA